AUGGCCCGAGAAGACCCGACGCGCCGGCGACCGAGAGGACAUCUUCAUCUGCCCGUUUUGCGGCAAGAGCUUCGAGCGGCUCGCGGGCCACGUGACGAUCCACGCCUGUCAGAAACCCUUCGUCUGCUCCGUGUGCGCGGUAGCUUCUCGCUCAAGGGCACGCUGACGAUUCACAUGAGGACGCACAGCGGCGAGAGACCUUUCCCCUGCUCGGUGCGUGGCGAGAGAUUCUCGCAGAAGGUCAGCCUGACCACGCACGCGAGGACGCGCACCGGGGAGAAACCCUUCCCCUGCUCACUGUGCGGCGAGAGCUUCUCGCAGGAAGGGGAACCUGACCAAGCACUUGCGGACGCACACGGGGGAGAAACCCUUCCCCUGCUCCGCAUGUGCGUCCUUACACCAUUGACUGCCAUUGACAACUAUAGCCAUCAAAUCCGUUUCAACUGGGGAAGCUGGGCAGUGAACGAUCGCUGUCCCCCCCACCAGGCAAAAUGGAUCAAACAUCUAUGGCCGUCAGUGGUAGCCAAUGAGAACGUAAGAAGUAAAGGGCACCGGUUAAAGAGCAAGAGGAGGAACGCACCAUCGACACUGGUCGACCGGCACCGCUUUCGGACACCGACCGACCGUCGGACGAGGACGCCGCCGUCUCCAAAGGAGCGUUCGAGUGUAAAAGAGCAAGUUGAAGAGGCACGUCGGCUGGCACGCCGGAGAAAAACUCUUCCGCUGCUCCGCGUCGGGCAAAUGCUUUUCUCAAAAUGGAAUCCUGAUGCGGCACGCCCGUACGCACACCGGAGAAAACCCUUCGGCUGUCCUUUCUGCGGCAAACGCGUCUCCUUGAAGGGCAGCCAGCUGAUGCACGUCCGCAUCCACGCCGGCGACAAGCCCUUCUCCUGCUCGGCCUGCGGCGCCAGCUUCGCGGUCCGCUCGGCGCUAGUCCAGCACGCCGGGGAGAGACCCUUCACCUGCUCCUUUUGCGACAAAACUUUCUCUCAAAAAGUCAGUCUGACCACGCACCGGAGAAGACUCACGGUAGAGAAGGCGUUCCGCUGCGACACUUGCGCCCAGAGCUUCGCUCACAGGUAUCAGCUCAACAAACACGCUUGUGAUGCCCGCCGGACGCCUUAA